CUCCAGCCUUCCCGACGCGGCAAGGACUUUUUUUUUUUUUUUUUUCGAAGGCAGCCAGCCUCACCGAAUCGCCGCACUCCGCCCGCCCUCUCAUCCAUCCUAGAGCUCCCUCCAGCCUGAGGCCCGGUAUUGUCUCGUCUAGAGACCCAAGGGCGGUCCAAUUUGGGGAUUGACUCCCGCUCUGCUGGCGUCGCGCCGCUGCGUCGACAUCAAUCGACCGGUCCGACAGCCUUCGAGCUACGCCAUCAAGCCCCGAUCGCAUCGCCUCGCCCGCCUUUGCCCGCCCUCGCGGCGCCCAUGAAUCUCGACAUGGCCACGUCUCAGGCCUUGGCUGCGUCGCCGUCCGCAUCCAACCCGAACGCCACCGCAAACGCUGCCAGCCAACCGUGGCCGGCCGCGACACCCGCCGGCGCGUCUUCGUCGUCCUCAUCUUCGUGCUCCUCGUCCGCUCCCCCAUCAACGUCCGACCCGGCCGCCGCCAGCGAUAAGCCGCCCGCCGAGCCUGCCACGACCAAGACCUUGCCAACCAGGACUCGGGACUCGCUCAAUGUGCUCCUCCUCGACCAGUACACGGCGCGCGACAGUCUACACCAGGCCGCGCUAGUUCGGCAGCGCGAGACGGCCAAGGGCGCCUAUGAAAGAGCCCAAGACCGUCUGCUCGACUUCCAUGACGUCCGCAAACAGUACAAUGCCUUCCCCGCGCGCUUGUAUGGCGAAGGCUACAACGGCUUCGGCAAUGGCUACACCCACACGGGUAACGCGGGCCCCCGCAUCGUCUACCCCCAGGACAAGCCGCGGCCGGGCAAGCGGCAGACCCCUGGCUUCAAAUGCGCUCGCAAAGACAUGCGCCAGCAGGCCGAGCAGCACGAGGAGCUGGUGCCGGUCCGGAUCGAUGUCGAGUACGAUCGGGUCAAGCUGCGCGACACCUUUACGUGGAAUCUGCACGACCGCCUCGUCAACGUCGAUCAUUUCUCUCGUAUGCUGCUCGAGGAUCUCGGUCUCAAGGACCCGGCGUUGUACGCGCCAGUGCUGGACCAGGUCAUUGCGCAGGUUAACGAGCAGCUGCAGGACUUUUAUCCCACCGUAUUCUCCGAAGAGGACGCGCUGGACCCGGAGCUGCCGUACUCAGCGUACAAGAACGACGAGAUGCGCAUACUGAUCAAGCUCAACAUUACAAUUGGUCAGGUCACUCUUGUCGACCAGUUCGAGUGGGAAAUCAACAACCCGCUUAACUCGCCCGAGGACUUCGCCAACAGUAUGGUGCGCGACCUGGCUCUGUCAGGCGAGUUUGCCACCGCCAUCGCUCACUGCAUCCGCGAGCAGAGCCAGCUGUUCACCAAGAGCCUGUACAGCAUAGGCCACCCAUUCGACGGCCGUCCCGUGGAGGAUCCGGAUCUGGUCAUGGCCUUUCUCCCCUCGCCCAUACCCUCGGUCUUCAGGCCACAGCAGCAGGCAAAAGAGUAUGCGCCGUAUCUUUAUGAGCUCACCGACGCAGACCUGGAGCGGAAUGAGGUCACAUUAUCGCGCGAGCAGCGACGCCAGAAACGUUCUGUCAACCGGAGAGGUGGCCCGACACUUCCUGACCUCAAGGAGCGGCAGCGCACAAUCCGGACACUCGUCGUGUCAUCAGUGCUGCCCGGCGCCGCGCUCAGUGUCGACGACAGCCGUCUUUACAAGAAGACUAUCACCGCAGGGCCCGGCGGGGCACGCAAGAGAGGCGUCAGGGAUGGGGAUCUGUCCGAAUCGGACGAGAGCGACGACUCAGCACCGGACUCCCCAGCGAUGGGCGCGCUCACAGGAACCGCUAGGACCCGUGGCCUUCGUGGCGCCGCCGCCACCGCACAGCAGAGGAUGGCCAACAUCGGCCGGUCCGAGACUCCAGAGGCGUCAGGGACAAUAUACCACCACCACGAAACGCGGACGUCGCGGCGCUUCGUCCCACGCGACGCGAGGGACUCGACCGAAGAUCCCAACUCCCUCGUCGUCAAGCUUCACAUCCCCAGCCAUCGUCUGCGAAGGAUAUUGCAGGGAGAGAGGAUCAGGCUAUCGACACCAGCUGGAUCGCAGACGCCCUCGCAGACACCAGCGAUGCCGCCCGCCCGCGCGCCGAGCGUCUCCAAUGUGCCAGGCUCUAUGGGACCUCCUCCUACGACGCCGUCGGCGGCCGCGCAGAGCCUCCCUUCAGGAUCUCCCACUGCUACCACUCUCCCGCAGGCUCAGCUUGGGCGUGUUCGCGCGCCUCUGCCUCCAUCGGCCACGGGCGAGCCGCUGCCACAAGCUCCCGCCGUUCCCGACUGGCUUACCGAGGCGAUACGAGGCUUGGAAGAAACAUACCCCGACGACUACUUCGAGGGCACCAUGCGCUACUGUGCAGUCGACCGAGAGUCUAAUCGGGUCGUAUCGAUGCCAACGACGGAUCAAAUACCGCCGAACAUUGUGUUCUACUUUAUCCCGCGCAUCAAGUGUCUGGACUGUCCCGGCAAGCUCUACACGCCGGGUCCUGGCACCACGGCCGAAAAUUUCGAGGUGCAUCUGAAGAACCGCGCACACCGCGAAAAGGUGAACCAGCGCACAGGAAAAACCCUAGAGCAGAGGCCGAAGGCCCCAAGUGAAGCCUCCUCCAUCACGGCGGCCGUCACACCAGCCUCGGCUUCCCUCCCUGUUCCCGCGGCCCCAAGUCAGUCCCAGGCUUAGUUGUCCAGGGUGAUGGGGCGCGACGACGACUAACACGCAAGGGGGACGCCCGUCUGGUUGCUCAUGCCCGCGGCGCGGCGCGCGUCUCCAGAUCUAGCGGUGUAGGCCACCGCCUGCGGAUCACGGGCAUGACGGCGACGGCGCGCAAUGACUCUUUCGGGUGGUGUUUCCCGCGCCCGCCGUGGCCUCGCCUCGACGCGCCUCUGCUGACGCCCCCUGAAAACGGGACCGGCGAUGAGCUGUGGCUAGUGUUUUGCUAGAUGCGGCCCGACUCUCACACACCCCUUUGAGCGCGCAUCCAACACAGCUGUAAAUCCCUCUCCCUCCCCUACUCUCCCUUUGAGCGCAUAUCAUCGCCUGCAUGCGGCAAAGCUUUUUGGAUUCAGGGCUUCUUGGGCGAGGGCUUGCUUAAAGCAUUGCUUUGCCGUUUCUUUUUACACACAUACACUCUUGGUGUAGACCUUAUUAUUAUUAUUAUUUUCAGGUUACUUGUCCGUUGUAUUUGAAGGCGGCGCGUUCUCCCUGGAGUCUGGGUAUAUAUACUUUUGGUUGAUGUGGGGAGGGAGCCAGCGGGACAAUAUCGGUUUUCGUGGCUUCGCAUUCCUCCUCUGUUAUUUAUCUCGGUUUCUUUCGGUUCUUGAAGAGAAGAAUGGUCAGGCCGACUCUCAUGUCUUGUUCUGUCGCUUCGGUCCGAGUUCUUCUUUUGAUACCGUGUUCAUAUGCGUUUUGAACAAAACAAGGAUGGAUAUUCCCCGGCAAGCCCAAAAGGCAGACAGAAUAAAAAGGAAAGCAUCUUAUGCCUGCUAGAGAGAAGUCGACUGCGGUUGUCGCUCUGGUUAUAAUAACCCAUGGCCCCUCUUUCGAUAUAUACACACAAUAAUGCAUCGCAGCGAACUGGGC